AUGCCCGACACCGACGACAGCCCGCUGUGUGUCGAGUCCAAUACGAACGACCAGACCAGCAAGUGCCCAACGGUUGAGGAGCUUCUGACCGAAAAGACCCAAUCUACGGUCCAGGAAGAGGCCAAGAUCCCAGAUGCAGCGAAAGAAAAGGCCAGCGACUCUCCAGAAGAUCCAACCGAAGAGGACGAAUAUAUCGCAUUCGACAAGUGGGUAGAGUCGUUCAAGGCUGACCCCGACGGUGCUUGGGAGGAAAUGGUGGCUAAAUUCGAUGCCAUGCUGGCCGCCGAGGCUGAGGCUGGCAUGCCCGGAGACCGUGAACAAGAUGAGGAAGAUGCAGAAGUCGCAGAUAAGCCUCCCACGACUUCAAGAAGAACAAGAAGCACAAGAACGACAAGAACGACAAGAACGACGAGAGCGACGAGAGCGACAGGAACAACAGGAACGACCAAAUUUCAGCCGCUAGACCCCAUAGGCGAAGACCUCCCGAAACACGAAGAUGACUGCGAUUCCUGUGACUGCGAGAACCCGGGUUUGCCACCAGAUUACCCAAAAGACCUCCUCGAGUUGGCGAAAAAAAUUUGUCCAGACGAGUCGUGA